AUGGAAUACGACAAAUUCCCUCGACGAGAUGGUGAGCAACACAAGAAACAUGCUCAAGAAUACGCAAACCGGGAGUCCAAGGAACGGGACGAAUUUUUCACCAAGCACAGCGCUCGAUGGUUCGAACUUGUUCGCUUACCAUACUUUGACCCCGUUCGCAUGACUGUUAUCGAUCCCAUGCAUUGUUUUUUGCUUGGUAUCAUCAAAACACAGUGGUUUAACGCUUGGAUCCAGACGAACAUACUUCGCCAGAAAACUGCGAAGGUAGAUCGUGAACUCGAUCAAAUUCAUAAACUCUUGUCUACGUUUGAGAUGCCGUCGUGGGUCGCACGUUUACCAGAUCAGGUUGGCUAUCCUGCUGGUGGUUCACUCACAUCCGAUGAGUGGAAAGGCCUAGCCCUCGUUUUUUGUCCCAUCGCUAUUCCGUUGAUCUGGGAAGAGUGGUACCCGAAGAACAUGAAACGGCACGAGAAGGAGAACGAAAGCUGGGCGAAGCGAGAGCAAGCGCGCGUUCGGAGACUUGCAGCGGGUAAAGCAGCCCAGAAUGGAAAGGACGAGGAGCCACCAGCACGUCCAAAGGAUGUACCCAUGCACCCUGAUGAUGCUGACAAUUUUUUGAAUCUUGCAGCUGCACUCAAGAUCAUUCUCGGACGUAGCAUCAAUGAUGCUGAUAUUCCACGUGCGAAGGAACUCCUCAACAAAUACCUUCUUGGGUUUCUGGAAAUCCACCCAAAGCAUGUCAAACCAUCACAUCACUGGGUGACUCACAUCUUUGAGCAACUGGAGGAUUACGGCCCCGUCUACGGCUUCUGGACUUUUCUGUUCGAACGUCUCAACAAGGUUCUCAAAAGCUACUCAACAAACAACCACGGUGAUGGUGAAAUUGAGAUCUCAUUCUUCCGUGCGUUCUUGCGCGACACUGAGCUUCGGACCAUGCUCACAAAUUUGCUCGCUCGCACAUCUGAAUCUGAUGAACUGCCCUCUGCUGAAGAUGCUAUUCUAUACGAGGCCGUAAAAUCCAUCAUCGCAACAGAUAGCGACACCCGUGGAACUGUGGCUUCUCUCGCUAGUGAGAUUGACGAUAUCGCACAGCAAGCUGGAACACGAUUUUCAUUAAGCCUCGCUGCAUCAUCUUCACUUCACUUAGACCAGCAGAAGUAUCUUCUCCACUUCUAUCAAACAGCCUAUCCGCAUGCUCAUAUCGUUAGCGCCACGUCGUACUCAUCAUCUUCCCCCAACUUCCUCGGCUCACAUGCUCGAUUUCACAACUAUGCAAUUGUUGAUGGACGUCGUAUCGUGGCAUCCGAUUCUCGAGUAUAUGCACCGAACUCAAUCAUUCAAGCUGAGAUCAACAACAAGAGAUAUGUUGGACAAGUUCACUCGAUCAUCACGCAUUGGCAAAAAGGUGUUGAUGUUGACAUCUGUCUUCUAGAAGUCCGUUGGUUCCGAGAGGCUAUAGACUUUGAAUGUCGGCAUUGGACUCGCUACCCAGAGCUGGAGAUCUACUUCUGGGACUUUAAUAAAUUUCUCGACAGCAUGAAAGAUGGACCAUCUCGUUUUAUCCCCAUCGGUUCGAUUCUCUCGCAAGCGUGCCGUUUGAAAGUUAUGCGACACGUCGAAGACCCCAAGAUAAACAAACAAGUCGAGAAACCUUUCUGGGUCACGAUUGGUCUCACUCGUGAUGUCCAGGUUGUUUAA